UUACGGUAUCGCCAAGGUAUCGCAAAGUUUAGUAGACGCGUCUGCUCACAAAGGGAUUGAUAGUCCAAAGUCCACACCAUCCAGACAUAUAAAUUCAGUGCUCAACAUGCAAUCUCUCAUCAACUCACCCAAAUACCAAAUUCACAAUGUCCUUCACUACACCUGUCCCAAUGGCUUAUCCCUAUUCCCACUACCGACCGCUCCCCUUCGCUCUUGAUCCUUAUGCUCCCCAGUAUAACAGAGAGCGACGUGAGCGCGCACUGGCCCUGUAUCCACAGCAGCAGCCUGGGGGUCAGCCUACCCCGAAUGCUCUCCAUGCACAAGAGUACAAUGAGUCUCCCAACCAGACCCGCAUGAUGCGAGAUGUCCUACGUACCCGUAUGUCAGAGGAUGAAGAUUUCGACACCCAGUUCCCGUUCGACGGCGACAUGGCCCGCAAGCAGGCUGAAAUCAAACGGGCCAACCGUGCCAUCCGCGAUCAGGACGUUCGUCACCACGAGGCCACCCGAGAGUGGCAAAAUUCGGCUGCUUUCCAGGCUCACCUCGAGGAGCAACGACUCUUUGCUCGCCGCCGUUUAGAUGCUGAGAACUUUCUCAGGGGAACCGUCGAUCCUGUCCCUGUCCAAGACGAGCCCUCGCUAAAGGACAUGAUCUCUUCCCAUCUUAUGGAACAGCACCGGUCUGAAGUGCGCGAUACGCUCCAGGCGAUCCUUGCCCGUCUCUCUGAAAGGCACUACGAUCAAAGCUCCUACCGAACUUCAACCCGAUCCCGUAACAUCCCCGGCUGCCACCUCUGCGUCAGGCGAUGUCAAUUCGAGGAGGGACCCGCACCUUCACAAGAGGGUGAAGGAAAUGUCAAGGAGAUCGCUGACUCCGACACCCAAGAAGAGCCUUCUGCCUCGCCAGCCCAGGUCGCCUCUUCCCUCUCCCAGAUCUCUUCCGUGACCGCUCGUCUCGAGACCCUCCUCGCUGCCUUCCAGUUCCCUGCUGAGCUUGAUUUCUCUCCAGCUCUCGGCACCGCUGAUGUAUUUGCACUGACCUACACCCCAGCCAACGCGCCUGUUCGCGCUCAGGAACAUGCACUUUCAUUGCUCUUCGCAGACUUGGACAACAUUCCCAGCUUUGGGUCAGAUGUAGUUAGGAACACAAGGCGCACAGUUGUGACUCGCGUGGACCAAGCGCUUGAAGAACUUGAUAAAGGUGUCGAGGAGCGAAGGGGCCGUGCUCGUGCCAAGGCAGACCUUGUUACUAUGCCUGUCGAGUAGCCAGCUCACCCAAAUGAUGGCGACCCCUCGGAGCCCGGGAACGUUACCUCUGCGGAUGUUGCGCUCACUAAGUCCCCGUUGUAGAUGACCUUCCCAUUUAGACCUGCUGUCAUGAAAUUUUGAUUUUGUCUCGG